GUGGCGGGGAGAACUUUGAGGGCAGACGUUCCAAAGCUACCCCAACGGAGAGACACGCCGAGACGCCCCUGCCAUCGGGAGCCCUUCGGUCUCAGCUCGGUUAGAAAUUCGGCUGAAAAGGUGGAGGGCCCGGGGACGCAAGAAGCUAAGGAGUCGGUGAACGGCUCGAGGGCCGAGGUCGGACCGGACGUCGCCUCCAAACUGAGCAGUUUGUUCGCCGGACUUCCUAGUUUGGCGGGUCCCCAACGCCUCGCCAGUUCCCUCAGGCAGAAAUUCGCCAAUAACUCCGAGGGAUGGCGGGAUUCGGUGUUGGGGGCCUCACGUCGUUUAUUGGUGACUCUCGGCAGUCUCUCCAGGGACAGUUCGCCAUGUCCUGCCAGGAAGGAAGCCAUUCUACCGAGCCUUCCGGUUCCGGAUUUGGAAUCAACCUUGCAGAAAUACUUGGCCCAGGUCGAGGUAAUCGCACCCAAUCAUUUGCCCAAGACCAGAAGUCUGGUGAAAGCCUUCCUUUCUGGACCUGGGCCGAAGCUCCAGCAACGACUCUUGGAACGCCGACAAAAGACGACCAAUUGGGCAACUGAUUGGUGGUUAAAUGACAUGUACCUGUCUGUGCCUCUGGCAUUACCAAUUAAUAGUAAUCCUGGUCUUGCAGCAAGGCCCAAAACAUUUAGCAACCAAAAAGAAGCUGCCAUAUUCCUUGCCAGAUUUCUAACAGAGCUACUUAACUAUCAAGAAAUAUUAGAUAGAUCCGAAUUGGAUGUUGAUGAAGUGAAAUCAAAAGAUGGAAAGAGUAUGCAACCUUUAUGUAUGGCUCAACAUUAUCAAAUGUAUCGAAUAUACAGACGACCAGGUACAAACGGUGAUGAACAAAUUAUUCUUGAUAGAACUACAUCUGGGAAUCACAUCAUCAUAGCUCAUCACAAUCUGUUUUAUAGCGUUCCUGUUAGAGCUCCUGAUCGAGGCCGUAUAACUGAAACCGAAUUGGCUCAACAAAUUUUAAAAAUUAUGGAAACUAAAGCUGAUCCUCGAACUCCACCAGUUGGUAUUCUUACAACGAUGAAGAGACCAGCUUGGGCAAAAGCAAGGGAAGAAUUACUUAAACACGAACAAAAUCGGCACAAUUUGGAAUUAUUGGAAAGAUGUCUAUGCGUGGUAUGUAUCGAUGAUGAUAUAUUACCAGCGACAUUCAACAAUCCUCUAAAGAAAGAAGAUCGAUGGAUUGAUGAUCGAGAUUAUGCAAAUGUACUUCAUCAUGUGCUUCAUGGCGGAGGUUCCAGACAUUUGGGUGCGAACCGAUGGUUUGAUAAAACAUUCCAUGCCAUUCUCGGCAAGGAUGGAAUGUGGGGCAUGAACUAUGAACAUUCGGCUGGCGAAGGUCCAGCGAUUUUUAUUACAUUCGAAGAACUAACAGAGAAAGUUGAUGCUAUGUCACCACCCGAGGAAAAUACCGUUCCAUCGCAUUUGCCUGCACCUGAAAAGCUCGAGUGGUAUCUAUCUGAACAAAGUUUCAACGAUAUCAGAGAUGCAAUGAUAUCUUUUGAUGCAUUAGUGGAAGACUUGGAUCUUUGCAUAUUGUGGUUCCAAGAAUAUUCGAAAGAAUUCAUUAAAUCACAUAAAAUUAGUCCGGAUGUUUAUAUACAAUUAGCUCUACAAUUUACACAUUUUAGAUUGCAUGGAAAUUUAGUAGCAACUUAUGAAAGCGCGGGUAUUCGAAGAUUCGCACUAGGAAGAGUUGAUUGCAUCAGAGCGGCCAGUCCCGAAGCUCUAAACUGGGCGAAAGCAAUGUGUCAAGGAGAUCCUGAUAGUCAAAUCGCCACUCAACAGAACAUUCAAGACGAAAGCACCAAAAGAGUUCAGUUCACCAUUUACAGUCAAGAAAGAAUCAAAGAAUUAUUCGACUUAGCAGUACAGAGACAAACUAAGGAAAUGAAUGAUAACAUAAAUGGUUAUGGAAUUGAUAACCAUCUAAUGGGCCUUCGUUAUGCCGCACAGGAAGUUGGAGAACCGAUUCCGGAUAUUUUCACGGAUCAAGCUUAUAAGAUAGUUAAUCAUUUUGCUCUCUCGACAUCACAGGUAACUUCGAAAAAUGAUGCUAUCAUCGGAUACGGACCAGUUGUUCCAGAUGGUUAUGGUUGCGCUUAUAAUCUCAGAAGCAAUGGUUUUAUAUUUUCGAUAUCCGCUUUUCAUAGCGAUGGUAAAACAAACGCAACACGAUUCGCUCAAACGCUCGAACAAAGCUUGCGGGAUAUGGCAGAUAUGUUGAAUAAGGCGAAUCAGAGAUAAAUGGACAAUUAAAGAAUAAAUUAGCUUUGAACAAAAAAUAUUUAUACUGUCUAACUAUAAAAGAAGGCAAUAAUUGCAAAAAAAAGAAUUUAAAGCGAAUUUCUUUUUAUUUUUAAAUAAUUGUUAACAUUUUACAUCUUGUUUUGCUUUAUAUUUAUUAUUUUUAGAAUAAUACAAAUAAGAUAAUUACAUAGAAAGUAUAUUAUAUAAAAUAUUAAUAGUUAAAUUAAUCAAUGUGUCGAUUUGCCACGAAUAAAUUCUUUAAAUAUAGAUAUAUUAGUUUUUUCGAUUACGAGUUGAGCAGUAAAUGUUAUUAGUUAGGAAUAAAAAAUGUUCCAAAUUGGAAAUCAUAUCGAAAUGAGGCAUAUUUAAGCUUAUUAUGAAAGUAUUUAUCGUAGUAUUUAUCGAAGUAGGUGUUUAAAAGAUAUAUUUAAAUUAUAUCUACUUAAAAUUUACUAUAUAUAAACUUACUUAUAAGUAUUUGAACUCGCACAAUUUACUAGAUAUGACAUUAUUUCUAAAUAAAAAAGAAAUAAGUAU